AUGCGAAAUCUAAAGUUACUUCAGUCUUUGGAGUUCAGGGAUAUUCCAGCUCCAGGGAAACCCCAGUGCUUCUCUCUCCGGACCGAGCAGGGGACAGUGCUCAUUGGCUCAGAACAUGGACUGAUAGAAGUAGAUCCUGUCACCAGAGAAGUGAAAAAUGAAGUUUCUUUGGUGGCAGAAGGCUUUCUCCCAGAGGACGGAAGUGGCCACAUCAUUGGUAUUCAGGACUUGCUGGAUCAAGAGUCUGUAUGCGUGGCCACAGCCUCUGGAGACGUCGCUCUGUGCAACCUCAGCACACGCCAGCUGGAAUGUGUUGGGAGCGUAGCCAGUGGUAUCUGUGUCAUGAGUUGGAGUCCUGACCAGGAUCUGGUGCUUCUUGCCACGGGUCAACAGACCCUGAUUAUGAUGACAAAAGACUUUGAACCAAUUAUGGAACAGCAAAUCCACCAGGAUGAUUUUGGCGAAAGCGAGUUUAUCACUGUCGGAUGGGGUAAAAAGGAGACACAGUUCCAUGGGUCAGAAGGAAGGCAAGCGGCUUUUCAGGUGCACAUGCACGAAUCUGCUUUACCCUGGGAUGACCACAGACCUCAAGUUACCUGGCGCGGUGAUGGACAGUUUUUUGCUGUGAGUGUUGUUUGCCCAGAGACAGGCGCUCGGAAGGUCAGAGUAUGGAGCCGAGAGUUUGCUUUACAGUCGACCAGUGAGCCUGUGGCAGGAUUGGGACCCGCCCUGGCUUGGAAGCCCUCAGGCAGUUUGAUUGCAUCUACACAAGAUAAACCUAAUCAGCAAGAUGUUGUGUUUUUUGAGAAAAACGGACUUCUUCAUGGACACUUUACACUUCCUUUCCUUAAAGAUGAGGUUAAGGUAAAUAAUCUGGCCUGGAACACAGAUUCCACUGUGCUUGCAGUUUGGCUGGAAGACCUUCCAAGGGAAGAAAAUUCCGCUAUGAGAGCCUAUGUUCAGCUCUGGACUGUUGGGAACUAUCACUGGUAUCUCAAGCAAAGUCUGUACUUCAGCACCUGUGGAAAGAGCAAGAUAGUGUCUCUGAUGUGGGACCCAGUGAUCCCAUACCAACUACAUGUUCUCUGUCAAGGCUGGCAUUACCUCUGCUAUGACUGGCACUGGACUACUGACCGGAGCUCGGGAGAGAAUUCGAGUGACUUGUCAAACGUAGCUGUCAUUGAUGGAUACAGGGUACUGGUGACAGUCUUCCGGCAGACUGUGAUCCCGCCUCCCAUGUGCACCUACCGACUUCUCCUCCCCCACCCUGUGAAUCAGGUCAUGUUCUCUGCACACCCUGAAAAGAGUAAUGACCUCGCUCUCCUGGAUGCCAGUAACCAGAUUUCCAUUUACAAAUGUGGUGAUAGUCCACUUGCGGACCCUACAGUGAAACUGGGAGCUGUGGGUGGAAGUGGAUUUAAAGUUCCUCUUAGAUUGCCUCAUCUGGAAAAGAGAUACAAAAUUCAUCUUGAGAACAGUGACGAUCAAAAAGUAAACCCCUUGCACCUCAGCCUUCUCACAUGGAUUCAGGAAGACGUGUUCCUGGCCGUAAGCCACAGUCCGUCCAGCCCACGGUCUGUCAUUCGCCAUUUGACUAUGGUCCCUUCUGAGAUGGGGGAAGAGCAUGGACAGCUCAGUAUCAGCUCAUCUGCAACAGUGGAUGGGAUCAUAAUCAGUCUCUGUUGUAAUUCUAAGACCAAGUCGGUAGCAUUGCAGCUGGCUGAUGGCCAGAUUCUUAAGUACUUUUGGGAGUCACCCUCUCUGGCUGCUGCACCAUGGAAGAACCCUGGUGGCUCACCCAUCCAGUUUCCUUACCCAUGCACACAGAUUGAAUUGGCCAUGAUUGGUGGAGAGGAGUAUGUCCUUGGUCUGACUGAGAGGUGUCGCUUUUUCAUCAAUGACACUGAGGUUGCAUCAAAUAUCACAUCAUUUGCAGUAUAUGAUGAGUUUUUAUUGUUGACAACCCAUUCUCACACCUGCCAGUGUUUGUACCUGAGGGAUGCAUCCGUUAACACAUUACAGGUAGGUCUGAGCAGCAGUAAUACGUCUAAGGAGGAAACACUGCGGAAGGUGGAGAGGGGUUCACGUAUUGUCACUGUUGUGCCCCAGGACACAAAACUCGUAUUACAGAUGCCAAGGGGAAACUUAGAAGUUGUUCAUCAUCGAGCUCUGGUUUUAGCUCAGAUUCGGAAGUGGUUAGACAACCUUAUGUUUAAAGAAGCAUUUGAAUGUAUGAGAAAACUGAGAAUUAAUCUCAAUCUGAUUCAUGAUCAUAACCCUAAGGUGUUUCUUGAAAAUGUGGAUACCUUCAUAAAACAGAUAGAUUCUGUAAAUCAUAUUAAUUUGUUUUUCACAGAAUUGAAGGAAGAAGAUGUCACAAAGACCAUGUACCCGCCUCCAGUCACCAGCAAUGUCCAGCCAUCCCAGGACCUUGAUGGGACAAAAGUUGACCUGAUCUGUGAUGCUAUGAGAGCAGCCAUGGAGAGCAUGAAUCCUCACAGGUACUGCCUGUCAAUACUGACAUCUCACGUGAAGAAAACAACCCCAGAACUGGAAAUUGUGCUGCAGAAGGUACACGAGCUUCAAGGAAAUGCCCCCUCUGUUCCUGAUGCUGUGAGUGCUGAAGAGGCCCUGAAAUACUUGCUGCUUCUGGUAGAUGUUAAUGAAUUAUAUGAUCAUUCUCUUGGGACCUAUGACUUUGAUUUGGUCCUCAUGGUAGCUGAGAAGUCACAGAAGGAUCCUAAAGAAUAUCUUCCAUUUCUUAACAUGCUUAAGAAGAUGGAACCUAAUUAUCAGCGGUUCACUAUAGAUAAAUACUUGAAACGGUAUGAAAAAGCUAUCGGCCACCUCAGCAAAUGUGGACCUGAGUACUUCUCAGAAUGCUUAAACAUAAUAAAAGAUAAAAAGUUGUAUAAUGAAGCUCUGAAGUUAUACCCACCAAACUCGCAGCAGUACAAGGAUAUCAGUGUGGCUUAUGGAGAACACCUGUUGCAGGCGCACCUUGUUGAGCCAGCAGGGCUUGUGUUUGCCCGCUGUGGCGCUCACGAGAAAGCCCUGGAGGCCUUUCUGACUUGUGGCAGCUGGCAGCAAGCCCUCUGCGUGGCAGCCCAGCUUCAGUUUACCCAAGACCAACUGGCUAGCCUUGGCAGAACUCUAGCAGGAAAGCUAGUGGACCAGAGGAAGUACAGUGACGCCGCCACAGUUUUGGAGCAGUACGCCCAGGAUUAUGAAGAAGCUGUGCUUUUGCUAUUAGAAGGCGCUGCCUGGGAGGAAGCUCUGAGAAUGGUAUACAAAUAUAACAGACUGGAUAUCAUAGAAACCAACGUAAAGCCUUCCAUUUUAGAAGCCCAGAAAAAUUAUAUGAUGUUUUUCGACUCCCAGAGAGCCAUGUUCAGCCGCCACAAGAAACGUUUACUGGUGGUUCGAGAGCUCAAGGAGCAAGCCCAGCAGAUGAACCUGGACAAUGAGGUGCCCCUUGGUCCAGAGUCAGACCUCUUCUCUGACACUAGCAGUGUCAUGAGUGGCAGUGACCGGAGUGGCAGAUAUUCCCACAGUAACUCCAGGAUAUCAGCGCGAUCAUCUAAGAAUCGUCGCAAAGCCGAGCGGAAAAAGCAUAGCCUCAAAGAAGGGAGUCCACUGGAGGAUCUGGCCCUAUUGGAGGCUUUGAAUGAAGUGAUACAGAGCAUUGAAAAAUUGAAAGAUGAGAUACACCAGAUUUUAAAGGUGCUAUUUCUCUUUGAGUUUGAUGAGCAAGCAAGAGAAUUACAGAGGGCCUUCGAAGAUACUCUGCAAUUGAUGGAAAGAUCACUUCCAGAAAUUUGGACUUUCACCCAGCAACAGAAUUCAGCCACACCUGCUCUAGGUCCCAAUUCAACUGCAAACAGCAUCACGGCCUCCUAUCAACAACAGAAAACUUCGGCUCCUAUUCUUGAUUCUGAGCUGUUUAUACCACCAAAGAUCAACAGAAGCAUCCAAUGGAAACUGAGCCUUCUCGAGUGACGCUGACCCAGUUAGGGACUUCCAGCAGAGAAGACUGCUUUCCACUCUGCUGGUUUUCUCCCACCGCUCUCUUCCUUGAGGCCUAGAGAUUGAACACUCGGAAGUGUUCAAGUUCAGUCUCAACCUAAGUGAUGCUGAGAGCUGUUCUGCACACCAGACCUUAGCAAAUACUGAGCAAUUCUGUUUUAACUUUAUUUUCUGGAUACAUCUUUGUCAUUAGCAAAAUUUUAAGCUUCAACAAAUAUAGCAACAUUUUGUAAGAAUUAGUGUUCUUUUAUUUAGUGCUGUUUUGAGAAAAUAUUUCUGGUAUUUAUGGCAUUCAUUGCCAGCUACAGAUCUGAUUCAUAUUGUGACCUUGAUUAAGUCACACAAUUGAUUUCUGCUUCAGUUCCUUGUGUGUCGAUUGGAAAUAGUGUUUCAUGGUUUCUACCUCAAAAGCGCAAGGACAAGUAAAAUAGUGUUUAUAAGUUGUUGUAUGUUCCUGGGGAAGAGCAUGAUAUAUAAAUAACAUGGUUCUUAGUACUCCCUAAUAUUUGGUCACAUUUAAUCCCCUAAAUGGCGUCUUCACCUUGAACUAAAGCAGAAGAAAAAGUUAAAUGUAUCAUUUGAAAUUCUAAGCCUUCCUAGACUGGCAGCUAUUAUUUUGUAAUAUCUUAGCAGAGCAUGUGCUACUGGCUCUAACUGGCUGAACCUCCUGUCAUUGCAAUGAACUUAAGGACUAUUUUAUGCGUAUGUGUUUUCUGCUAGAGGGUUUGCAGUGUUAGAGCUGGAACUGGUUAGAAUUUCUGAAACGGUGCCUGCAUGUUUGGUGUUGAUGAGCAGUGUUUAUUAUACAUGGCAGUCAGAGUUGUAAAUGAGUCUUUGUUUUCCAAAUACUGCUUUUUUAACUGAAAUGUUUUUGUCUAGUGUCUAGGCCAUUUCACUUGUUUUGGUUUAACUGACCUGUGUUUCAUUCAGUUUCUCAAAAGAACUUUCAGGUUUUUGUUUUGUUUUGUUUUUUUGAAAAAUGAGCUUAUUUUCUCUUUUUGUUGAGUCUAGAGAAAGUCCAGGUCAAAUUGACAGCAGUUUUGUGGCCGAUCUUUGGGUAAGGUUAAAAGUUUCUUGCGUGUUUUUAAUACCAGAACCAGACUUUUAUUGCUGUAUAUAAAGUAAUAGGCAAUGCUGCUUUUGAUUCUUAGAGCAUAGAUAUACAAGAAUUGUAAUUUGAGAAGAUUGUACCUGCAGAGGAAAAUGUUAACUAUAACAUCUUUUGCUAUAUAAUCCUUUCAUGUUUUCUUUAUGUUUGAAAAUUUUCAGAAUAAACAAUUGAGAGACAGAAAAAAAGAAGAUAUUUCCUUGCUUCGGGAGAAUCUAUUUGUUGACUCUUACCCAUAGUGGCUUUGCUAUAAUUAAGUGCCCAAGAUGAAAAGUACGUUACAAUGACCAUGGUAAUCUCUAUGACUUUUUAAUAUGAUAUAGUGCUCCCACUUUAAAAUUAAAACUGGUUUACACUGAAAACAGUGUGGAUACUAUUACUAAUAUUGGCUGAUGAAUUGGAAGUAAAAAUAAAUGUAUUUGUGACAAUUGUGUGACUUUUCAAGGACAUUCAGUUCCCUUAAAAUUAUAUAUUAAAGCAGCAAGAGAAGAAUCUCUGAAUGCAAAUUGCUAUCAAUUUCUACCUUUCUCCUCUGGGCAAGAAUGGAACUUGUUCAUUUUGAGAAGAACCAGGUAGGAGCAGACCUUCCCAAUUGAAGGCACAACCAAGGAAGAAUUGAUGAGAAAGUCAAAUGGAGCAUAUGGGAAAAGAAGAAACUGUCUUGUGAGUAUGAAUGCUUAAUUUGGGGGCAAGAUUCUGUCAAGUGCUAUAAAAGAGUAUAUAACUCUUCCCCAAAACUUAAACUCUGAUUCCACUGAUUCACAUAGCUUUGUUCAGAUGCUCCAGAUAUCAAGAGGUAAUGUGCAAGAGGAUUGUUUCCUUUAAUCAGAAUUGAGUUUAAACUUACACUUUUUUUAAAAACAGGCAGGAGCUAACGAUUUAUCAUCUCUUUAACAGUGUAGCUUUGUA